CGCCGGCAAGAGAAUCACUUGUGCGUGUGGGGGAAAAAAUGGCGUUCGCAGCGAAUCCUUUAUCCGUAAGCGUUCCCGACGCAGAAUUCGAGUCCUGGCUCCGCGAUUCCGGCUACCUGGAGCUCAUCGAUCAACACUCUUCCUCCUCCGCCGCUGCAACCACCGUCAGCGCCACCUCUACUAGCGACACGGCGGCGGCGGCAGCCACCGAUUUCGACCCGGCAUCGCUAACCGGUGGGUUCUUUUUCGAUUCCUUGUUUCCCGCCGUCUCCGUCCUCCUCUCCGUCGUCUCCACCAACCCUUUCUCCAAGCUCACCGCCGCUGAUUUCUCGGCGCCGACUCCUUCGUGGACGGCGGCCUUCAUCGGGGACUGCGGGUCCUACUCGUUUCCAUCCGGGUCGCACCAGGCCAGGCUCCGGGUCACCGAGAAUGUAAAGCGUUACGCCAGGAAUUACGCCACUCUUUUCAUCUUGUUCUUCGCCUGUGCUCUGUAUCAAAUGCCGCUGGCUCUCGUGGGAUUGAUUUCGUGUUUGGCUGUUUGGGACAUGUUCAAGUUUUCUAAUGAAAGGUGGGGAUGGGAUAGGUACCCUGUUCUUCGUCAGGUCUUGGUUCGCACUGCACAAUGUGCAACUGCAGUUAUAUUGAUAAUCCUGAAUGUUCAAAAGGCUCUCCUUUGUGCUGUUGCGGUCAGCUACGCAGUCACAAUUUUGCAUGCCACCUUCCGGAAACUGGCUCCAACUUCAAGGCAGCCUCCUAAGAAAAGGUAAUCCAGGUUUCCAUGAAUGGAACAUGGAAGAAAGGCGAGGAACAGCCGAUGUUUUUGUAAAUUGUUAGCAAGUGUUGUUACAACCUAUAUGUGACAUUCUUAAGACUCUGAAUAAUGAUCUACAGAGAAUAAUGGUGUAUUGUAUGCACAGAAGCACUUAGCGUACAACAAACCCAGUUUUGUAUGCAUCCGAAAUCCGGCUCAAUUUUAUAUCAAAGGUUGUAACCCAUUCUCUCCAUAUACAUGCCAGAUCUGAGAGGAACAAGUUGGAGUUGCAACUUGCAAACAGUAAUCCCUGUGCAAAAUUUUACACUCCUGACCAGUUUGGGCCACUUGCAACAAAUAACUUACAUUGCACGGUUAUAUUACAGAAUACCGUAAGUUGCACGACAUGGUUCGCAGCUCGAUAACCUCAACCAACCCAAACAAAAGAGCCUAUAGAAA